AUGGUGACCGGCAAAUCGCAACCGGGCGUCGAGCCGGUCCAGCUCCCCGCGACCUCCCCCGAGCCCGUCGGCGCGACCUCCCCACCGUCGAAGCGAGACCUGGCAUCCUGGUGGAGACAGUUUAAACGAAACACAAGGAAGGAUGAGCUGAAAGCUACCGACGUGGAAGGUAUUUUUCGACUGAAUGGAUCUGCAAAGCGUAUCAAGGAUCUCCAAGAGCUAUUUGAUUCCCCCGAGCGAUAUGGAAAGGGCCUGGAUUGGGAUGGAUAUACAGUCCACGAUGCAGCCAACGUGCUGCGUCGGUAUUUGAACCAAUUGCCAGAGCCCAUCGUUCCACUGGAGUUUUACGAGCGUUUUCGAGAGCCCCUACGAGCGUAUCAAAAGCAGGUACAAGAUGAGAUUCAGACGACCGAUGCAGAGAAAUUCGACCAUGCCAAUGCUGUUGAGACCUAUCAAAACUUGAUCGUCGAACUGCCACCGUUGAACAAGCAGCUGCUGUUGUACAUUCUCGACCUUCUCGCCGUGUUCGCUUCGAAAUCAGAACAGAAUCGCAUGACGUCGGCUAAUCUUUCUGCAAUUUUCCAACCGGGCAUGCUUUCGCACCCACAGCACGACAUGUCGCCUGAAGAGUACAAACUUAGCCAGGAUGUUCUGAUCUUUUUGAUUGAGAAUCAGGAUCAUUUUCUAGUCGGUAUGAAUGGCACAAAGGCCGAUGAACAAACCAUUAAAGAGGUUCAGGCUGGCGUUCAGCCCCGAGUGGUCAUUCCUUCUUCGCAGCCUGUUGCUGCUACCAAGUCACCGAAUUCCACCAUCCGGCGAUCUGCCUCGAGCGCUAGUGGGAGCACAGAGGGCCAUCGUAAGCUCGAUACAUUGCGUCGCAAUGCCUCCGUCUCAUCUCGAAACUCGCGUACUUCACGCGUAUCUAAUACGGUUCCAAGCCCCGGCACUCCUACCUCCAUGUCUGGCAGUCUUCAUCGAAGUAACACUCUUCCUUCUAAGAUGGGUCCCGUCGUUGCAUCUGCCCGAUAUGCACGGGCGGGCGAGAGUGGCUCUGCCAACCCAUCUACCCUCUCGGUCUCCCAUGCGAGCUCUCGUUCAGCUAGUCGAGAGCCAUCUCUGCGCGAGGAAAAUGAACAAAAGCCGGAACAAAGAAAUGAGAGCCAGCCCGCAUCCACAGGUUCGGCCUAUGUUCAUACCUCGACCCAUGGUCCUAUUCCCCACGCGGCCGCAGCGCGUCUCAGUAUUAAUGACCUUCCCCAUCCACAUGAGAAUCUCGGAACGCCAACCUCGCCACCCCCUCAAAUCCCACCUCCCCGAGUCGUUACCCCGACUCGUGAGCGCAAGCUCUCUAACCUCUUUGCUAAAUCCCCACCCCCGGAUCGAGACAAUCGAGACCUACGUCAACCCAAUCGCCUGAGGAAAAAACGUAUACCCGGUAGUGCAAGCAUAAGCGCCCAGAGUUCCUCGAACUCUCUACAGGGGCCCUCGUUUGAGCACUCCGUGGAGGCGGUCUCAGAGCCAAGGCCAGAACGGCGGUCUGUUGACAUGACAGUCGGAGAUGCCACACCAAAACCCCCCAACACAGCAAACCUGAUCAACUCUGAUCACCCAACAGACUCUCAUCUUAUGUUAGCCGAGGGAACUGCACCCCCGAAUCAUACCGAGACUUCUUUGCGACCGCACAAAUCACGGACACCAUCCAUGAAUUCUCGAUCCUCCUUCACCGAUGCCUCUGACUUUGAGCAGAACGACGAUGUCAGCCGUGCUGAGCGCCGCGAUCAUCGCCGUAGUUGGCGAUUCAGUCGUUCUGCCAAGCGCAGCAGCGAGCAAGUUGGCCUUGGUCUUGCAUCCCCACCUCUUGGGGCGACUCACCCUGAGUUCCAGCAAAGCACCAGCUCGAUCGGAAGUGGCGCUCACCAAAGUAACGACCCCACUAAUCAGCCCCUUAGUUUGGAUGCUGGGAUCCAAACCAGUUCGGCGUCGAGCGCUGAACCAGAGAAGAAGAGCUUAUUUGGGAAAUUCAAAGCCAAGGUGGCCCAGGUGCGCGAUGGUGGUCAUGACCGCGAGCGGGUCAAAAGUCCUAGUCGCUCCGAUAGUGAUCCAUCCACGGUCAAUCAACCACUGUCUCCCACAGCUAUUCCCACCAAUGGCAACCCGACCAAAGAGGUGCCAAGCGAAGUGUCCAAGGAAGACCCAUUACGAUCCCCAGCAUCACCAUUGCCAGGAUCAGGUCUGCCACCUUCAAUUCCCGAAGAACCACAUAGCCCAGAGAUAGCGUUGUCUGCACCUGUUCUUGAUACCCACAAGGAAUUCCCCACGACUGUCCCAAAGCCCACCGAACCCUCAGCUGUUCAUGACUCAAACCAGGAGGCCUUAGCUUAA